AGGAGAGUCAGUCGAGCGCUGGACGUGGCACACGGCAAUUGUGCGACGAUAUCGCCACGCGUCGUUGUCGGCCGACUUUCGCGAGCGUCGUUGUAUACGUAUCGCCGCGACCUUCGCCGUACGGCAGAGGCUUCUUCAUCUUUCGACAGCCUUUCUGCUUUCUCUCUGCACGUUCGCAUUCGUUUUUCCCCUCUCGUUCGCACGCUCCGACGCUUUUCCGGCUCUCCGGAACGAGUUGUAAUGAAAAGGAAACCGCAUCGACCAUGUCUUCGGUCUACCUCGAUACUCGCUUAACUGCAAAUCGACCGCUACGGUGCACUACGAUCGGAUCGAGCUCUGAUCAAACAAUCAAUUUAUAUUUACUAUCCUCGCCCGCUGCUGAUGGGCUCCUCGUGCUGCAGAGGAAAAAGUAGUUUUGAGUGAGAAAAAAGGGUGCGCGCCCGGUGUGGAGAAACGAGAAACUCUCUAUAACAAUUAAGGAAACAAUAAGAAGAUAGAAGUAAAAGAAGAAGCUUAACGGUGUGUGAUUGUGAGUGUGUGUGUGUGUGUGUGUAAGUGUGUGUGGACAAUGGCGGACAAAUUGCACGAGUACCAGGGCAUCGGUGGCCGAGUGCACGGGGUGCGCGACAAAGCCAAAGAGAAAUGGGACGACUUCAAGCAGUGGAAGGACCAGAUACCGACGGAUCGCGGCUUGGAGGGCGUCAUCACGCAUCUGCGUGGGCCUCCCAAGCUCGAGCGAUCUUUGGAGGACUAUGCACACAUCUAUAGGAAAAAAACAAGAUGGGAGCUCGUGCGCGUCUCGGCGGCGGUGAUGGGCAUCGAGUUCUCGUACGCCGCCGAGACGGCCUUCGUGUCGCCGACGCUGCUGAAAAUCGGCGUCGAUCAUCAGCACAUGACCCUGGUCUGGGCGCUCAGCCCGCUGGUGGGCUUCUUCGUGACCCCGCUGCUGGGCAGCCUGAGCGAUCGCUGCCGCCUCAAGCAGGGUCGUCGCCGACCCUUCAUCGCACUCUUGGCCAUCGGCGUGCUCAUGGGUUUAAUUCUGGUGCCUAACGGCGAGGGUAUGGGUUACGCCUUCGGCGACAUUCAAGGAAAUUACACGGCCUCGUUCAUCCAUCGGAUCACGGGUAAAACGGCCAAAGUUAUUAGCGACAACGCAACGAUGACCACCGCAACGACGACGAUAGAACCGCCGCUGGUCCAGCCCUCUCAUUCCUGGGGCAUAUUCUUCACGAUUCUCGGGACUGUGCUGCUGGAUUUCGACGCCGACGCUUGCCAGAGUCCCGCGAGAGCCUACUUGCUCGACGUCACGAUACCAGAGGAUCAUGCUCGCGGCCUCAGCACGUUCACGAUAAUGGCCGGCCUGGGCGGCUUCAUGGGCUACGGCCUCGGCGGCAUCAACUGGGACGCCACGCGGAUCGGCGUGGCCCUCGGCGGCCAUCUGCACGCCGUCUUCACCCUCAUCACCUUUAUCUUCAUUUUUUGCGUGGCCAGCACUCUGACGAGCUUCAAGGAGAUACCGCUCGUCUUCCUCGAGAGCGAGGAGUGCCAGCAGCAGCUGCGCGAAAUGGCGGAGGAUAAGCGUCGACAGAGCGAGAGCGGGAAAAUAGCUGCAGAGGAGUCGGUGACUUACGGCACCCUCGGAAAUGAGCAGGAAAUGGAAAAUGGCGAGGAACUACCAAUGAAGGAACUACCACCUCAGCGAAAAGCCGGUGCCGUGCCGAUGAUUCCCGACGUGAAAUCGCCACCACCUCCUCGGCCCAAACCGCCGCCGCCAGCGGCAGCCGGAGAGGCGUCGGCCGACGCAGCCGAAGCCGUGAUACUCGACAGCGACGACGCCGCCGCGGCAAAUCCGAAAGCCACUCUGCAGGAGUAUCUGUACUCGAUUCUGUACAUGCCGCACAGCAUGCGAAUGGUCUGCCUGACGAAUCUCUGCUGCUGGAUGGCGCACGUCUGCUACUCGCUGUACUUUACCGAUUUCGUGGGCGAGGCUGUCUACGGGGGCGAUCCGAAGGCUCCGGAAGGAUCGAAGGAGCGAGCUCUUUACGAGGACGGCGUCAGAUUCGGCUGCUGGGGUAUGUCGAUGUACUCGCUCUCCUGCGCCUGCUACUCCCUAGUAAUCGAAAAACUGAUCCAACGUUUCAAGGCACGAAAGGUCUAUAUCUGCGGCCUGCUGUUCUACAGCUGCGGAAUGAUGCUGAUGGCCCUGACCAAGCAUCCCUUCGGCGUCAUACUGUUCUCGUGGACGGCGGGCGUCAUGUACUCGACCCUCUUCACCAUGCCCUACCUGCUCAUCGCACACUAUCACGCCGAGAACACGUUCGCCGUGGACGCUCACGGCGCCUCGAUCCAGGAGAGCAGCGUGCGCGGCCUCGGCACCGACGUCGCCAUCGUCUCGUCCAUGGUGUUCCUGGCCCAGUUUCUCCUGUCCUGCGUGCUCGGCACCAUCGUCAGCGUUUCGGGCACCACCACCGCCGUGGUCUGCGUCGCGAGCACCCUCGCCGCUUGCGGAGCUCUCGCAGCCACCCAGAUCAUGUAUCUCGAUCUUUAAAGAGGAGCAAAAGAAAAGCA